CUCCGUUUUCUCUCUCUUCUCCGGCGAUUCUCACCGCGAAUCCGGUGUCCCCUCCUCCGUGAAUCCAUCCCACCGGCGUCCCCACCUCCGUGAAUCCAUCCCACCAUGUCUGAUGAUUCGAGUGUUCGUCGGCGUGCCCGACCUCGUCGUUCCGCACCCCGUGGCCGAGCUAGUUCGGUGAGCAGUUCCCGUGCAUCGGGUUCGUCGUCUCACGAACAAAACUCGGUUCAUGUCGCUCCGGCUCCCGCUCCGGCUCCCGCUCCAGCUCCUGCAGCCGCUCCACAUGACCCGGGGGUCAUGCCAGUUGAAAUAUUGGUUCAACAACCAGGUCGAGAGCAUCUCCCGGUUCUCGAACAAUACCCACGAAUGGGACACUCGACUUGGUUCAACAAGUCGACCAGUGGGAUUAGCGGGAGCAUCACCCAGAUGAUGUAUUCGAUGCUCCAGACGGGAUAUGACAAGUGGACUUCGAUCCCUUCCGCGGAACGCGAGUUGUGGUUUCGUCAGUUCGCGCAAGAAUUUACUUGGGACUCCGGCCAGACCGUCUACACGAAGCAGAUCUACGAGUGGAAGCAAGUAUGGCUGGAUGAGAGGAAGCCCCGGUUACUUAGCGGGACGGUGUGGACCCAAUUGAUCCAGCACUGGGAGAAGGAAGAGACUAUAGAGAAGUCUCUACAGAACUCCGCCAACCGGAAGAGCGAUCGUGGCGGGAAAGGUAUUUACGUGCACAACCUCGGCGCUUGCAGUAUGUCCUCUAAGGAGGAUCAACUGAUUCAAGAAAACGAUGGUAAUCCCGUCGAUCAUCUCGUCGUCAUUAAGGAGGCGUACACCAACAAAGGGACGGGUGAAAUUCAGGAUCCGGUGAUCAGAGAAGUCAUUGAGAUGGUGGAAUCUCAAAAAGAAGCUUUUCUAGCUUCUCAGCAGCCUCUUUCUGACGACGAUUCUACGGGUGCUUCGAACAACAUGUCCCGACUGCAAAUCAACGAGCUGGUUGAAAAGGCGGUCCCUAAAAAAAAGGGUCGUUUGGUAGGGUUGGCCCGUCGUGCUUCUUCGUGUCCGACUUCUUCAUCUCAAGUCCCGUACGCCAAUCCAUUGAUUCUAGAGCAGCUACAGAACAAGGAUCAAAGGAUUGGAGCAUUGGAGGAGCAGAAUGCUACAAUCCUUGCUGAGUUGGCGGAUCAGAAGAAGACCAACCUCGAGAUAAUGCAGAAGUUGGAUCGUUUGUUCCCGGAUCAGUAGUUUUUUUUUGUUUUUUAAUUUAAAACUUUCUAAAUGUUUUUUUUUUCAGUUUGUAUUAAAACUUAUUUUCUAUAAUAUUAUUAUUAGUUUCUU